AUGCAACUCCCGGAUAUAAUCAAGUAUCCAGCAGUUCAGCUGAUAGGAGAAAAAUGUUAUACUUCUUUAGUAGAAGAAUUUAAUGUCACAGACGUCGAUUGUAUAAAACUCCUGAUAUCUAAAGGCCUUGGAAUUGGUAUUGUCUUAGGCGGAGCAUUGGUAAAACUCCCGCAAAUCAUUAAAAUCACUUCUGCGCGUUCGUCUCGUGGUCUAAGUUUUGAAGGUUUUGUUUUGGAAACUGCUGCCAUGGGAAUUUCGUUCGCUUACAACCUUCGUCAAGGCAAUCCAUUUAGCACUUUCGGCGAAUCUGCAUUUUUAACCGUACAAAACAUUAUCAUAUUAUUGUUGAUUUUAUACUAUGCUAAUCGUACCAAGGAUCUCAUCACUACCACCGCAGUAGUAGUAAUCUCUGCAUAUACUCUUACCCAGGCUUGGUUAAUUAGCGACGCUAAUUUGGCAUAUCUUCAAACAUUGACUAUUCCCAUCUCUUUGUUAUCAAAGAUUCCGCAGAUUCUCACCAAUUAUCGAAAUGGAAACACCGGGCAAUUAUCGGCGCUUGCAGUGUUUGGAUUUGCACUUGGAUCUUUAGCGAGAAUAUUUACUACUCUUACUGAGGUGGAUGAUCUAAUAAUUUUGUCAGGAUUUGUAUUUACAUCGAUACUUAAUUUGAUUUUGGUGGCGCAAAUGAUAAUGUACUGGAAUGUAGAUAGUAAAAUUAACGAAAAGAUGGAAUAA